CAGGAACCAUUUUUGUCUCUUCCCGUAAAUGUUUGAAGCUUCCCUUGCGGUUGGCUCUUCUGUGAUAGAAUGGCUCGUCUCAGAAACAAGUUUCCUUCGUUUGCUGCUUAACACUUGACUGAUAAAGAAGAAUACGAAGAAGAAGGUCUCUGUGAAGCCUAUUGCGAAGAAAAACCAACCAAUAGUUGACCAUGUCACCGGGGACAAGAUUCCAAAGAGUUUUGUGUUUUCGAGAGGGAAAUUGCCCGGUUCCAUGAAGCAACUGCAGAUGGAUUUGAGGAAACCAUGCUCCCGUUCACUGCUCUCAACCUCAAGCUCUAGAAUUUGCCCUUUGCAUAAGUUUGUUAAUUGGGAAAAUUCCUUGCUCAGACUAAUUUCUGCAAUUCUCGAUCUUUAUAGUUUAUAGUGUGUACCCUAGAGGCCUUGCCUUCACAAGAAAGCCUUUGUAAGGUCCGCUGGGAAUUUGAAGAUAUUGAACUCGAUACUUCAUUGGUAACCAGUUGUAGGAAAACUGUACAUGAAUGCUUUCUUCUAGAUAUGAACAGUUAGUGCUGCAUGUAUGCAGCCAAAGCCCCAUUGGCAUUGUGAGACAUCAUGUGUAGGGGACUUUGGUUUUGCUUUUAUAGUGAUGUACAUGGUUAUAUUUGCCUCGAGAAAUAUCGCAUCUCCUCGUUGAUUAUAAUGUGGUGGUUUGUUUCGUGGAAUAUACUUGGUUCAAGCUAGCAAAGUUGGAGGACAAUUGAUUUAGCUCGAGAUUGCUGAUGUAAUCUCAUUCUUUUUUCCCCCUGACUUUUGCAGGAGAAGAAGCGGAACAAUCUGAAGGACUUUUUAAAUAUUGCAGGUCCAAUGGGUGUGACCCAUUUCCUUAUACUGUCUAAAACAGAGUCCGCUCCGUAUCUAAGAGUAGCAAGGACACCACAGGGCCCAACUCUCACUUUCAGUAUUCAUGAAUAUGCAUUGGCAUCUGAUGUAGCUCAGUCUCAGUUGCGGCCGAGAUGCCCUCAAGAUUUUUUCAAGAAUCCUCCUCUGAUUGUCCUCUCGGGUUUUGGUGGUGGAGAACAGCAUCUGAAGCUCACAACCAUUAUGUUUCAGAACAUAUUCCCAUCCAUAGAUGUUAACACUGUCAAACUCUCUUCAUGCCAGAGAAUAGUACUACUGAACUACAACAAAGAGACAAAACUUAUCGAUUUCAGACAUUAUUCCAUAAGACUUCAACCUGUGGGAGUGUCUCGAAGGAUCAGAAAACCAUCAAGUCCCAGAUCUCAGGAACUUGCAGGAUCUGUGGUUUGGUAAGAACUGGGUAUGGAUCAGAGAGCGAAGCAGAUGAAGAAGCGGCGGCAGUGAUGCUAAAUAGUGACAUGGGCAGAGUCAACCGAGCGUCAACGAAAAGCGCUGUGAAACUGCAGGAGAUUGGACCCAGAAUGACUCUGCAACUCACCAAGGUCGAGGAAGGGUUGUGUUCUGGAGGAGCUAUAUUUAGCGAAUUCGGGAAUGUGAAUGACAAGAAGCCAGAGGAAGAAGAAGAAGAAGAUGCUGAGGAUGAGGAAGUGUUAUAGAGGUCAGAAACGAGGAUAUGUCAAAUUUUGUUUACGUUGACAUUAGCAAUUACAUACCUCAUCAUGGACUAUUUUUUUUUCUUCUUCUGAAAAUAGACCCCAUAUUUUUAUAAUUA